AGUAUAAGUACCACUCAGUGGAGUUGGGGUUAAGCAAGCAAGUAAACUGUAAGGCUCCUCCUUAAGCAAACCCUAGGGAAUCUCCUUGUGCCCUAGCUAGCAACCAUGUCCCGAAAGAAGGUGAAGCUUGCCUACAUCCAAAACCACACGACUCGAAAACUAACAUUCAAAAAAAGAAAGAAGGGUUUUAUGAAGAAGAUGAGCGAAAUCACUACCCUUUGUGAUGUUGAGGCAUGUGCUGUCGUUUAUGGACAGAACGAUACUCAGCCUGAGGUUUGGCCAUCCCCUUCGGGAGUACAGGGCACUUACGCGAAGUUCAGGACAAUGCCCUCAAUGGAGCAAACCAAAAAGCAGCUGAACAUGGAGACUUUUCUGAGGCAGCGGAUUGACAAGGCAAAGGACCAGCUGAGGAAACAGAAGAAGGAGAACCGGGAGAAAGAAAUGUCAAUCCUGAUGAGCCAGUGUCUAACUGGGAGGUCCCUACACGAUCUGAACGUGGGGGAUUUGAAUGACUUAGGGUGGGUGGUUGACCACAAAGUGGAGGAGAUCAAUAGAAAGGUGAAGAAAGUGAAUGACGAGUUGACUUGGAACGGGAGUAAUCAAGUCCAACUAGUACCAACACCGCCGCCACCACCAGCGAUCAGUGGUGGAACGAUGAACAUGCAACAAACUCAGUCUCAAGCUGCACCGAUGGAGAUGAUGACCCUGCAAGACCAGCAGCUGCAACAGCAGAUGGCAGCAAUUGGAGCAAACACCGGGGACGACUUUCUGCCCUUUGGGAACCAGAACCACCAAGCUCUGUGGUCUAAUACUCCAUAUUACCCUUGAAACGUCGGCGACGUACUGUUUUGUUUUCGUAUGAUAUGAACCACAUGGUGUUUCCGCAGUGUUUUAAUUUAAUAAUUAUGUGAUUUCAUUUAUCCAGUGUUUUUUUAGAUCAACCACAAGGAGAGUUUUUUGUUUGAUUUUUUAAGUAAGUAAACGAGAAAGAGGAUGUUUUAUUUUCAGUAAUUUUUACAUUUGAUGGAUGUAACUUUAAUUUAGUCGCUAUUAAUAAAAUAUGCAGUUCAUCCAUUGUUAAUGAUUUUUUUUUUUUUUUUUUGUGGUUUUUCAGAUUAACAUAUCAUAAGAUUUUUACUAUCUACAAAAGUAGAGAUAAAAAAUACUUGCAAGAGUACAAGGUAAUCGUAGUAUAGUUGCCUCUAGCAUAGUUUAAUUAAUUAUUUAAAUCAAAGUUUGAGAAAAAGGUGAUUUUAUGAUUUAAAAUAAUAAAAACGAAUUUAAUAGAAAUAACUAAAAAAAUCGACAAAAUA